CAACAAAAUUAUGUAUUAUAAAUUUAUUGCGCGUUGUUUAGAUUUCUAUAUACCUGUUUAUUUUGGCGUCGGCAAAUUUAUUGUGUUCAUAUAGUGUGUAUAGGUCUUAACUUGGAGCAGCUAUUUUCCCUAUCAUUGAAUUACCAUCAUUCCUCCGUGAAAAAUGGAUCUGCACGGCAAUAUUUUUAAGGAAGCUUCAGUUGAAUGCGAAUUUUCGUUUGCUGAGGUGAUUGAAAAUGAGAUGGAGGAAUUGAGAGACAGAUUACUCCAGGUUUAUUUCAAAGAUGAACCGACGCUUUACGAUCUGAUAAGCGACGAUGAGAAGUGGGAAGAAUACUUUCGUAAGUAAUACGAGUUGAUGAGGGUUGAGAGUUUGAAUGAGAGUUUUCUCAACUGUCAUGGGCCGGUCAAACGAGAACAAGAGUUGCAUGAGAGUUGAGAAGCGAGAGUAUGAAGAAUUAUGUUAACCCGCUAUAUUUAACUGCAGAGUUUAAAACUUUAGGGGAUGUUGUUAUUCAGUAAAAGAGAAUUUUUUUAUAUUUUUAGACGAAUUGGUGACGGAAGAUGAUCCAAGAGAAUUAUUCGAAGACCAUUUCCAUCGUCAGCUAACCCAUCGGUAUGCCGGAACCCUGGCUGGCCGAACCACGGUAAAACCUGAGAAAAUAGUCCGUCAGAUCGCGCUGUUUGUCGGGACCUACUACAUUGCAUCCUACAUCCGAUCCAAAGAACUCCUCCUGAGCCCCGAACACAACUUAAAGUGUGCUAACAUCAUGCUCAAAAUCGAAAUCCGUUCCCUUGGAAAAGAUUUGGAACGCAGAGACGACCUUUGUGAUGAUUUGCUGAAUGAAAUCUACCGCCACGAGAGUAAGAUCGAUGAGAAAGCGGCCGAAAACGACGAGCUCAUUUUGAAAAACAAAAGUCGACGGGCGAAAAUCAAUCUCCUACGAGAACAGUUGAAAAGACUUGGAAACUCGGGGAAAUGUGACGGAGCGAAGUGCGGUGGUAAUGUUGACCCACCCUCGGCUAAAAAUCCCUCGGGCAAAUCCAAAGAGAAAUCGGAGAAGAGUAAAAAGAAAGCCGAAAAAGAGAAACCUCCUUCUUCAGACUCUUCAACUACAAGCGACGAGGAGAAAUGACUAUAUGAUGGCGACAUCAGCUCUGAACAAUCAGCCAUCAAUAGUCCCAACUCUGAGAGAAAAUUCAAACAUUUUAUACCAAGUGAAAAAUGUUUAAAUGCAGCAUGUGGCUACGAUUCUGGAUUUGAACAAAUUGAGUUUUAAGAUUGUCAUCACUUUUGUACUAUAUGCAUGCAUGUUUUUAGCAGGGCAGUAGUUUUUAUGUAGUCUUCAAUUUUUCUUGUUUUCAUGUACUAUAGAUAUGCAGACGGAUUUUUGACAAUAUAGUUAUAUUCUGGGGCCAGUUAUUCGAAAGACGAUUAGCUCAACCCUGGCCGGUUAACCUAUAAUUCAAACCAAAUGUCUCAACUAUUUCUUAUGAAACUUAUGAUGGAAAUAUUUCUUAUGAAACUUAUGAUGCUGGAUUUGAACAAACUGAGUUUUAAUUCUGUGCUUUCCAUGUAUGGCUAUGUACAUAAUUAUCUAACAUUUUCUGUUUCUAUGAUGUAGUGAAUUUUGGAGUUUAGACUUUAGGAUUCUAGGUUUGCACAAAAUAAUUUAGUCAGUUUUGUAAUUUUAACAUUUAUGUCUUUGUAAUCCAUGUGUAGAAACGUUUAUUUAGCAAUUUUUAGUAUACUUACUUAGUUUCUACAACUAUUCUUAAGUUUUAGAUAAUUAUUUAACAUUUUUGUAGAAUAAAAAUUAUUAUAUGUACAGUAGUUCUUGUAGUUAUUCCCCUUCUAACAUGGAAUUAUGGGGAGCGGGCGGGGGCAUAAUUUCCGAGGACAAACCCAGUUCAAAAUCAAUCCCGGCUGAGAAUUUCAGUAUGAAUUUUAAAAACUGAAAUUAUAAUAGGUGUUAUUUAAUGAUACCUUGACCUAUUAGGUCCAUAACCAUCUCUUUUCUUUUGCUGUAUGAAGGGAGGUUGAUUUGCUGGAGGGGGAGGUCUGGGGAGAUUUUGAUGUCCCGACAUUUGAGAAGUUCCAAAUAGUGGAAAGGUCCUGUCGGGAAGUGGAAAUUGAUUGCCGGGUGGCAGUGGGGAGUUGGGAGGGGGGUUUACCCGAGGUCCUUGAAUCUGCUGGUGUACAUCUCGCUGUGGAUAAUUCUGAAGAAA